GGUGAAAAGAAUAGAAUGAAGUGAAAUACAUGGAGGAAGCUCAAUGAAGAUAGAUGAAACAGUAAGGGGGGAGUUCAGCCACUUUGAGCAAGUUGUCUCCAGAGUAAAAGAGGAGGAGGAUGUGGAGGAAGAAAACAGCUUCAUCAGUUGCAUGAAGAGCACAGCAGCAUCGUGUCUCCUUUCUCUGACAAUGAAAAGUCUUGAAGAAGAUGAACUUUGCUUUCCUCAUCUCAACUCCUCCUGCAGGAAGGCCAUGCGUCCUCACUUUGUAUCUAUGCUCACUUACAUUUUAUUAUCCUCCAUCUCUCUGCUCACUGUGACUCUCAACCUGAUGGUCAUCAUCUCCAUCUCCCACUUCAGGCAGCUCCACACCCCCACCAACCUCCUCCUCCUCUCUUUGGCCGUCUCAGACUUCUUUGUGGGCCUCUUUGUGUUCUUCCAAAUUGUGCUUAUAGAAGGCUGCUGGUUUCUAGGUGACCUGAUUUGUAUCCUUUAUUCUUUUCUGGAUUUUACUAUUACUUCUUCCUCAGUAGGAACCAUGGUGCUCAUAUCAGUUGACCGAUAUGUGGCUAUUUGUGAGCCUCUACAUUAUUCCAACAAAGUCACACAAAAAAGAGUUAAGAUCUGUGUUUGUCUGUGUUGGACAUGUUCUGCUUUCCUUCAGACUCUGCUGCUGAAAGAUAACCUUGAAGAACCAGGCAGGUAUAAUUCCUGCUUUGGGGAGUGUGUCAUUGUUAUUAAUUACAUUGCUGGACGUGCAAAUCUUUUUUUAACUUUUAUUUGUCCCGUCACUGUCAUCAUAGUUCUGUAUAUGAGAGUCUUUGUGGUGGCUGUGACUCAGGCUCGUGUCAUGAGGUCUCAUGUUGCAGUUUUACCUCACAAGUUUUCAAUGAACAUAACUGCUAAAAAAUCUGAAAUGAAAGCCGCCAGGACUCUUGGUGUUGUUAUUGUUGUCUUUCUUUUGUGCCUCUGUCCAUAUUAUUGUGUUUCACUCUCAGGCCAGGACACCUUGAUCAAUGCCUCUUCUGCUACAAUUGUAAUAUGUUUGUUUUAUUUCAACUCGUGUCUUAACCCUCUGAUCUAUGCCUUUUUUUACCCCUGGUUUAAAAAAUCUAUGAACCUCAUUGUUACUCUUGAGAUACUGCAGCCUGGCUCCUGUGAGAGAAACCUGCUGUAGAGACACUGCAUGCUGAGAGGAAAUAGACAAGAAAAUGU